UUCAGUGCAGAUGCCAGUUUUAGUGCCAAUAUAUUAUUCAUAUGGAAUAUUAUGUUUUGCUCCGCCAUGCAGACAAAGUUGCUCAUGGGGCGUUCUUGUUGCCAUGUGACCAAGAAGGAAGGAAUAGAAACCUCCAUAAACUUCCUCUCAAAAAUGCUUUUGGUGCAGUUCAGAAGCUAGCUGCUCCUCUUGGCGUCAGGCUAAGAGAAAAACACUUUCCUGCCCACCAUCAGCGGUCGACAUCAUGAGCAGCAUCGUUCAGAACCCCUGUGUUGGUCGGACGCCAGGUGCUAGGAUGCCCAAAUCUGUGACUCGUGAAAGCAGUGGAACCUCCAGAAACAGCAGCAUCAGCAGUGACAGCAGUGGUUCUGGAGGGAACAUCCGUUCUCUGCUAUCCAUGAGUGAGAGCGUGCACGCAAAUCUGAGCAGCUUCUUUCCAGAGCAAGCACUCGAGAAGGAAGAAACCCGUCAGCGGAGCCACCAGCUGGAAGAGAUAAAGCGCCUGAAAGAGGUUCAUGCUGCUGCUCAGCUCAAAAACCUAGAGGAUUUUCUGAAGAUAAACCGAAUCUCUCUCAGAGACAGUUUGGCCCAUACCACAGGGAUGAUUUACAGAAAUUUGGGAAAAUCAGGACUGAGGGUGUCCUGUGUUGGAUUAGGUACAUGGGUUACCUUUGGAGGCCAGAUCACAGAUGAGGUGGCAGAGGAAAUGACAACUUUGGCGUAUGAGAGUGGAAUCAAUCUGUUCGACACCUCUGAAGUGUAUAACUGUGGAAGAGCAGAAGCCGUGUUGGGAGGCAUUAUAAAGAAGAAAGGGUGGAGGCGUUCCAGUCUUGUUAUCACCACCAAACUCUUUUGGGGAGGAAAUGCAGAAAUGGAAAGAGGACUUUCUAGAAAACACAUUAUUGAAGGUUUAAGAGCAUCACUGGACAGACUUCAGCUAGAGUAUGUGGACGUUGUGUUUGCAAAUCGACCAGAUCCAUACACACCUAUAGAAGAGACAGUAAGGGCAAUGACCUAUGUCAUCAACAGGGGGAUGGCUCUGUACUGGGGAACAUCACGAUGGAACUCCAUGGAGAUUAUGGAGGCGUAUUCUGUAGCACGACAGUUCAACCAGAUCCCUCCCAUUUGUGAACAGGCAGAAUACCACAUGUUCCAAAGGGAAAAGGUGGAAGUGCAGCUCCCACAGCUUUACCACAAAAUAGGUAUUGGAGCUAUGACAUGGUCUCCAUUGGCCUGUGGGAUAAUCUCGGGCAAAUAUCGAAGUGGAAUACCGCCUUCUGCACGAGCGUCUCUUAAGGGAUAUGAAUGGAUAAAAGACAAGAUAAUGAGUGAGGAGGGUCACCGAGAGCAGCGUAAACUGCAGGAACUAGAAACCCUCGCACAACGUCUGCAGUGUACCUUGCCACAACUUGCUAUUGCGUGGUGCCUGAGAAAUGACAAGGUGAACUCUGUGCUGCUGGGGGCCUCCAGACCUGCUCAGCUAGUGGAGAACAUCAGCGCCAUACAGGUCAGCGAUCACACAGGAAGCAGAUGUAAUAAGCGCAAACAUGCAACCGAGCAAAACAAAACCAAUAGAGUGAAUCUUUUUGAUACUUUGUUGCUCAGGUGUCUGUUGGGGUUUUCCUCUUAUUUCUGGUGAUUUUACAUAUUCACAGUGACACUGCAAAUACAAACAAAAAAAGGUCUGAUUUAAAUAAAUAAGAAAACACAUUACAGUUUGACUUUAAAUUGGCAAGAAUUUUUAUCAUUUGUGAUAGGACACUAACUGGAACUUUAAGAAAAACCUUGUCUUUGUCUCCUUUGUUUUUACAGGUUCUUCCGAAGAUAACAAUGUCCAUUGCAUCUGAGAUUGAUGGCAUCUUGAAAAACAAGCCCCACUGUAAAAAGGGUUUCAGA